UACAAUUAGGUUUUAAUGACUUCAAAUGAAGAAAUGGAACAUAAUCUAAAAGAAAAGUCAGACCAACAACAAGCAUCAGAUAGAAGUCCUUCUGGAAGUAAAGAUGAUGACAUGGUUAAUCCAGGUGUUCUACAGCAGUCACAAGCUAUGGCAUUGCCUCUCCCAUUAAACACAUCAGAUAAUCUCUCUAAACAACCUCCAGCAGCCCUAACGUUACCACCUCAGGCAUCCUCCAUUGUACCUCUAUCACGACAGCAGCUGAAACAGAAAAUGAAAGCUAAGAUGACUAAAGAUGAAAUCAGAAGAAAAAUGGAAAAAGGUUUAAAGAGCGGAAAAUACAAGAUGAAAGUGCGACGACUAAUCUUCUGGGAUUUUGGUGGACAGUAUGUAUAUUAUACAACACACCAGACCUUCAUGACCUACAGAGCUUUGUUUCUUGUUGUAUUUGAUGGAAGCAAAGGAUUACAUGAACAGGUUCCUGAUGUCUUGUGUUUUCCUGGGCAGCAUAUGACUCCAACACCAGCAGUAUUUUUACAACAUUGGGUCAACUGUAUCCUAACUUAUUGUAAGGCAGUAUAUACAGGAAUUCCAAAGAUUUUGUUUGUUGCUACGCAUAAAGACAAAGUACCAAAGGAGGAUAUUGAAACAUGGCGUACAGACUUAUAUAGUGGAGUAGAAGAUUUAUUUAAAGAUCAUGAAGGACGAGAACAUCUGGUCAUCGACAAUCAAAUAUUUGUCAAUGCAACAGACAAAACAGAUCCAGAUAUCGAUGUCCUCAAGAAAGCAAUCACAGAUCUUACCUUUCAACAUCCUUGUUGGGGAGAGGCAAUGCCCAAUGCCUCUGUUCCACUUGAACUUGAGAUUGCUAAUUUGGUAGCAAGGGAAACAAGUACUGUCAUUGUUGGAAGUUGA